UUUGGCAAUUCUGAAAAUGAAUUCAACAAAAAUAUUUAUUCAACUACUGUUAAUGUCCAUUCCCUUCUCAUAUGUUAUAGCAGGUUUUAAAAAUCAAGGCGUUGAUCCUUAUAAAGGACUGGUAGCUGAUGAAGAGCAAUUGGCUAAACACGAAGCACAUAAACUUAAACUAAUGAAUAAACACUGGUAUGGUAAAGAUUCCGUGAAGAGCAAAAAGCCUAACAAAGAAGAGACGGACUGUCUCAGCUUUCUUCGCAGUUUGUUAAAUAUUAAGAAAAAGAAAAACGAUGACAAAGAAUUUACUACUAAUUUACUAAACAACAACAAAUACUGGCAAACAUUUUCCGACCCGCACAAAAGUUUGAACGCUGGAAACGAUUUUAGUUUUUCGAAUACCAAAGCAAAUUCUGAGCCUGAAACUCCAAAAUUUCCAGUUAAAGGAAACAAUCCUUUUUAUGAUAUUUCAAACUGA